AUGUGGAUAAUUGUGAUAUUUUUCGCCUUUAUCCGGACCGCUGCGGGAGUUUUGGUCAUUGUUACAGAGCAGAAGCCUAGCCUCGAGGUCGCGAUAGCAUCGACUAUCCUUCUCAAUACCGGUGUGUUUCCCUUGAUUGCAGCCACUCUGGGACUCAUCCGAAUCAUAAUGGUUCUUGAAAAGGACAAAACCCCAAGGCUCGGACAAUGCCUGCUUCUGUCCCGCCUACUUUUCUUCGUGGGAAUGGGACUUACUGUUGCUGGCGGGGCUCUUGAGGGAAGCGACAACAACUCCGAUGCACUUACAGGUGUCAAACUUGUCAAAGCUGGAUACUUUAUCGUGCUAGUAUUUCUCAUUUGCUUGCUGGUUGUUCAAGGAUAUUUCUGGCAACAAUCUUCCCGUCUUUCGAGAACAGCCCGAACGGCUCUGAAAGCCAUGGCUCUAGCUACACCAUUUAUGGUCGUCCGCAUCACCUUCCUUUUCCUUUCGGUGUUUGAUUCAUCCGAUUUAAGAUGGAGUGCUCUGUAUGGCCCGAUAGCCCCAUUCUUGACCAUGGGAUUGUUGACGGAAUACUCUGUCGUUUGUAUUUACCUCACAACUGGUUUCAUCAUUCCUCCCUGGAAGAAAGCGAGACUGUGA